AUGAAAUCAAAGAAUGAAGGACUCGGUUUGACCUUUGAAUUCACAGCACCCAAUACACCACAGCGAAAUGGACGAGUCGAAAGGAAGUUCGCAACGGCUUUCGGACGAGUUCGAGCAAUGAUGAACACUGCUCGGAUGACAGAAACGAUGCGUGGCAAUCUAUGGGCAGAGGCGGCAGAUACAGCGACAAAAUUGGACACAGCACUUGUCUAUCAACGUGGUGAACAAAGUUCACAUCAAAAAUUCUGGAAACGAGAAGCUAGAUUUGCGAGACAUUUGAGAACGUUUGGUGAAAUGGCAGUGAUCAAGGUACACACAAAGAUCAAGGGUAAACUGAAAGACCGUGGAAGAACAGUUAUGUUUGUUGGAUACGCAGAUAACUCCAGCGGAGACACUUACAAAUUCUAUGAUCCAAAGACAAAGCGAAUCAGUUCAAGUCGAGAUGUGUCAUGGUUGAACAAGAGCUACGGAGAUUGGAAGGGAAUCAAGAAAACCAACACACUACGAUUGACACAGGAAAUUCUAUUGGAAACGGUCCAUGACAAUGAUAUUACACAAGCACCAACAACUCACACCAGUGACGCAAACACAACAGCACCAGAACCGGGACCGAUUCCAACAGCUACAGCACCAGCAGGGACGGCAACAAUACCAGCAGUACAAUUGGACUCGGGAGCAAACCCACAACGAGUUACACGAUUUGGGCCAACGCAACAACCGGCGACUACAGCACCAAUUCCCAGAUGGCAGCGAGAUUUACGAACAUGGGACACGGACCGACAUGGGACCCAACCAAUACUUCGUACUCGGACCCAAACGAGAUGA